AUGGAGUUUGCAACUGUUACACUUUUGAAGGAUACUAUAAGGGAGUACUUCAUUGUGAAUGAUAUGGAAUUUGUCUUCAUUGCAAAUGAAUCAAACAGAGUAAGGGUUAAAUGCAAGGCCCCAGGUUGUAAGUGGAUGUUGUUUGCUUCACUGAUCAACAAAAUCGAAGGCAAGACAAUGAAGGUGAAAAAACUUGAGAAUGAGCACACUUGUGGCAUGGUUUUCAACAAUAAAAAAGUGAACUCCGCUUGGAUUGUAAAGCAUUUUCUUGAUGAAUUUAGACUUGAUCCGAACAUGCAAUAUUCUACAUUUAGGGAGAGGGUUUCAAAGACCAAAUUCUCACGUGGAUUUUCUUUUUAUAGAGCCAAGAGGAGGGCUAUGGCGAUGUUGCUUGGAUCUGUUAACGAACAAUAUGCCAUUCUUGAUGAUUACUGUAAGAAAUUGCUAGAAACUAAUCCGGGAUCCACUGUGAAAUUGAAGACUAAAAUGGCAUGUAAAGAUGGGUGGUUAGGUGGUUGUAGACCUCUAAUUGGGCUUGAUGGCUGCUUUUUGAAAGGUUAUGGUAGAGGAAUUCUAUUGGCUGCAAUAGGAAUCGAUGGGAAUAACUCCAUGUUUCCCAUUGCAUAUUCUGUUGUAGAGAAGGAGAACACUGAAAUUUGGACUUGGUUCUUGGAAUUUUUGCACGAUGAGCUUGAGAAUAUGAAUCCUAUCAAGAUAACAAUGAUGAGUGACCGUCAAAAAGGUCUUGAAAAAGCAGUGGCAGCUAUCUUCAUAGGAUGUGAGGUCAGAUUUUGUGUUAGACAUCUUCAUGCUAACUUUAAAAAGGAAUAUACAGGGCUACUGCUUAAUCAACUUCUCUGGGCAGCAGCUAAUACUACAACUCAAGCUGAGUUUGAACGUGCUAUGGCUGAAAUCAAGGAAGUCUCUAUAGGUGCUUACAAUUGGCUUUUAGGGAAACCACCAUCUCAAUGGAGCAAGUCACAUAUAUCGGAGUAUCCAAAAUGUGAUAUUUUGUUGAAUAAUCUAUGUGAGAGCUUUAAUGCAGCAAUACUUGAAGCUCGUGACAAGCCAAUUAUCACUUUGCUAGAGAAAAUUAGGUUUUGGUUGAUGUCUCGAUUUUACAACAAGAAACUAGAGUUGGAGAAGUGGACUAAUCCCGUGGGAAAGAGAAUUUUAAAAAUUAUUGAAAAGAACACAGAGGUUGGAAAAAAAUGUUUGGUGACCAGGUCUGGCAACUACGAGUUUGAGGUGACAUGCAACAAUGGUAGUCAAAUGGCCGUGGAUUUGGAAGCUAAGACAUGCAAAUGUAGGAGGUUUCAAUUAUCAGGGAUCCCAUGCGGCCAUGCCCUGGCUUCAAUUUGGUUCACAAAUGGUAAUAGGUUUGAUUAUGUGCAUGUAUUCUAUAAAAAAGAAUCCUUGGAAAAAACUUAUCUAGGAAGUGUGCAUCCUAUGCCUAGUCCGAAUAUGUGGCCAAAGAUUGUAGGCAACCCAAUUGAUCCACCACCUGAAACAAAGUUACCUGGAAGACGUAAAAAAGCUAGGAGAAGAGAUGCAGAAGAACCUCCACCUGGUUCCAAAAAAGCUCGAAGAACAUGA